CAUGUCAUUGCUCACUCGGCCAGAGGACGUGACUCAGUGAGGAGUCGCUGCAACGCUCAUUCUCCCCUCUCCUGUCUUUAGCCCCAUUGUCUGUGUUGUUUUCUUUCUGUUUAUUUUUGUUAUUUGUGCGUCCUUACUGCCAGUCAGUCAUGUAUCGGUAUUUUGGGGAGCUUCUGAGUCGCUCUGCGGGGAGCGCCCUGGCCUCGGGCUGCGUGGACUCCGCUCUCCCGGUGUCCUCAUCUCUGAUGCGGGUUCGUCACUAUGCCGACGCAGCGGACCAGCCCGAUGACCCCAACUUCUUCAGGAUGGUGGAAGGCUUCUUCGACCGUGGCGCCGCCAUCGUGGAGGACAAGCUGGUGGAGGACCUGAAGACCAGGGAGACUCCCGAGCAGAAGAGACACCGAGUGCGGGGCAUCCUGGGCAUCAUCAAGCCCUGCAACCACGUCCUGAGUGUGUCGUUCCCCAUCAAGAGGGACAACGGAGAGUGGGAGGUGGUGGAGGGCUACCGUGCCCAGCACAGCCAGCACAGAACACCUUGCAAAGGAGGUAUCCGUUACAGUACUGAUGUGUGUGUGGAUGAAGUGAAAGCCCUGGCUUCUCUGAUGACCUACAAGUGUGCCGUUGUUGAUGUGCCAUUUGGAGGAGCUAAAGCUGGAGUCAAGAUCAACCCAAAGAAUUACUCCGAUAAUGAGCUGGAGAAGAUCACCAGGAGGUUUACCAUUGAGCUGGCCAAGAAGGGUUUCAUUGGACCUGGCAUCGAUGUCCCUGCUCCAGACAUGAGCACAGGAGAGAGGGAAAUGUCCUGGAUCGCUGACACCUAUGCCAACACAAUUGCACACACUGACAUCAACGCCCAUGCAUGUGUGACAGGAAAACCCAUCAGUCAGGGAGGAAUCCAUGGACGUAUCUCAGCCACUGGUCGUGGAGUUUUCCACGGCAUCGAGAACUUCAUCAAUGAGGCGUCCUACAUGAGCAUGCUGGGCCUGACCCCUGGCUUCCAGGACAAGACCUUCAUCGUCCAGGGUUUUGGUAACGUGGGUCUUCACUCCAUGAGGUACCUGCACAGGUUUGGAGCCAAGUGUGUGGGCGUGGGCGAGAUCGAUGGUGCCAUCUACAACCCAGACGGCAUCGACCCCAAACAGCUGGAGGAUUACAAAUUGCAACAUGGCACCAUUGUUGGAUUCCCAGGAGCCAAACCCUACGAAGGAAGCAUUUUGGAAGCUGACUGCCACAUCCUGAUCCCCGCUGCAGGAGAGAAGCAGCUCACCCGCCAAAACGCUCCCAGGAUCAAGGCUAAGAUUAUUGCUGAAGGUGCCAACGGUCCCACUACUCCAGAUGCGGACAAGGUCUUCCUGGAGAACAACGUCAUGGUUAUUCCUGACAUGUACCUGAACGCUGGUGGCGUAACAGUGUCUUAUUUUGAGUGGCUGAAGAAUCUGAACCACGUCAGCUAUGGAAGACUGGCCUUCAAGUACGAGAGAGAUUCCAACUACCACCUGCUCAUGUCUGUCCAAGAGAGUUUAGAGAGGAAGUUUGGAAAACAGGGAGGACCCAUUCCCAUUGUACCCACUGCUGACUUCCAGGCCAGGAUUGCUGGUGCUUCUGAGAAAGAUAUCGUUCACUCUGGUUUGGCUUACACCAUGGAGAGGUCUGCCAGGCAAAUCAUGCGCACGGCCAGCAAGUACAACCUGGGUCUGGACCUGAGGACGGCCGCUUAUGUCAACGCCAUCGAGAAGGUCUUCAAAGUGUACAACGAGGCCGGGCUCACCUUCACAUAAACAGCUGGUCAUCACCCAGGCUUCCUCUCCCUACUGCUGCUCUCCUGCUGUUCAUUCUACAUUUACUCCCCAGCCUUCAGACCAUAUCACAGUAUCGCUGCUUUUUUCCACCUAUCACAGGGCAUACUGUAUCCACAGUCUGUAUCAUGUAAUCUCCCUCAUGCACUGCCAGUAUACUCGAUGCAUUUACAGCUUCAGUAAUGUUGUGUUCUGGUCUCUGAGGUUAUUUCAAGAAAAGAGCGCCAUCCUGGUGACGCACUGCAUCCCAACAACGGGUCAAAAUAAUUGGUAAUGAUAUUGUUGUACGGCGGCCAUGUCCAUAGCAGCCUUAUGGUGUUUGAAUGACCUUCGUACAGAUGCCUUAUAUCAGCAAGAGGUCUUCUUUAAUAGAGAGCAGACUGACCUUCACAAAGGGGUUUCCAUCUUACUGCAUCUUCUUACCUGAGCAGUGAAGUUAUAGAAUCCCAACAUUGCAUAUCAUGCCUAGUUUCACCUGCAAGUCUCUUGUGUUUUCUUUUCUGUUUUUUGUCAUUUGCUCCUUUCAUUAAAGCAGCUUCUCCCUGAUUCCUCCACUGGCCAAAAAAUGGGAGCUGGGAGGGAGAGUCUCUCUGACGGUCUACUCCCUGGUUAAAUUUCCCACAUUUUUAACUGUCCAGCUACUUAUACAAAAUAUAAAUCGUCAUAGAGGGAAUUAAUUUUUAUUUUUACUGUAUUAAUUUUUGUUCGAACGAAUAAAAAAUAUUUCGGAUCUCGUG